UGUGUUGCUUCAAUAACGCAACGGGGACCAAAACGUAGUCGUACUUUUUGUUCCUGUUCAGGCACCGUACAUCAUAUGCAACAACAAUGGCGUCCUCAAUGUCACUUUUAGGUUUAGGACGUAUUUCGAUGAUCCGUGCAGCUUCAAAGGCGUUUCUGAAUCCUGCCAGGUAUACAAGUACAUCUACAUCGCGGCUGGCCGAGAAGACCUCAAAGGAUUCUCAGCUCAUCACCGUCGAUGAAAAAUUGGAUAUCUCCUCUGUGACGGGCGUCCCCGAGGAGCACAUCAAGACGCGCAAGGUGCGCAUCUUCGUGCCCACCAAGACGGCCAUGCAGUCCGGGGCCAACAGCACCAAGAAGUGGAAGAUCGACUUUGACACCAGGGAGCGUUGGGAGAACCCUCUGAUGGGCUGGGCCUCCACGGCUGACCCACUGUCCAACAUGGUGCUGAGCUUCUCCUCCAAGGAAGACGCCAUCGCUUUUGCGGAGAAAAAUGGUUGGAGCUACGACAUCACGGAGAAGAGAAGCGCCAAGCCCAGAGUGAAGUCGUACGGAGCGAACUUCUCCUGGGACAAGCGGACGAGGAGAUCUGCAAAGUAAACGGAUGACCCCCAAAUGUCUGUUUGUUUGCUUCGCUUCACCUGUUCUUGUUGUUGAGCAAACUUGUACAUUUUAACCUAUCAAUAAAAAGAGAAAUAUGUGUUUGUC